CGUGGGACCAAUGGUUUCCCCAAACGCAGAAAACGAAACCUCAGUGGGCGGACUAGAGGGGCGACGCGGGCGCCGCCACCCGCUCCGCCGGGUUUCUGCACCUGCGGCGCUUACUUCCCCCCCACCCCCGCGCGAUGGCACGACUGAGGCCCCCAAGACUCAAAUGAGAGCCGUUGGGAUGCGGUGCCAUCGAGCAGUCCCAGCUAUGGAAGGUAAGCCAUUGGUGAUAUCGAAAGAGAAGACUGCAGUGGUGUGUGGGGUCCCCACCCAGGUGGUCUGUACAGCCUUCAGCACUCACAUCCUGGUGGUGGUGACCCAGUUCGGGAAGAUGGGUACCCUGGUCUCCCUGGAACCCAGCAAUGUGACCAGUGACGUUGGCAAGCCCGUGCUGAACACUAAAGUCCUUCUCGGGCAGGACGAGCCCCUCAUCCACGUCUUCGCAAAGAAUCUGGUGGCGUUUGUGUCUCAGGAAGCUGGAAACAGAGCAGUCCUCCUCGCCCUGGCCGUGAAGGACAAGAGCAUGGAGGGGGUGACGGCCUUGAAAGAGGAGAUCCGGACGUGCCAGGUGUGGUGACCGCGGAGUAACCACCCCUGCUGUCCAGCAGGGCCACAUGGCAACUCAGACACCCUCUCAAGGAUUUGAAGACCCUCCCUCAGUCAGAAGGGGUGCCUUUAUCUGGUGUUGGUCCUUGAAGCUGGAAGAAACAUGCACGUCUCGGGCCGACUUUGGUUUGGGGGCUGACAUCACCUGUGGAGGGAAGACGUGGAAUGUGUCCUGGGGCGUUGUGAGCGGUCCUCCCUGGGUCCACACAGUUGCACAUGUUUGAGAGUUGACGGAACGAGUCAUGGCCCUCAGUGUGCAGAUGAAUUGUUGGGGAAUAUUUUUUUUAUGAAAAAUAAAUGCGUAU